GUAAGCAGAAAAAGGAAAACGACGUCGUCUCCACUGGUCUGCAGUCUGCGCCAUCGCGUCCGCGUCCGCAUCCGCCACUGCCGCCGGGACGCCGCCGCCGCCGCGUGCUCAAGCCGCCGCCGCCGCCGCCGUCCGGGACGGGAUCGACCUUGCCCCGCCCCCUUCCCCCCUGGGCCACACCGCCGCCGACGGGUUCAACCCUCGCCGCCUCUCCCCGGGAAGGGCGGAACCCGCGUGCGUCGCCGGCGGCGAGUUUCUCCGACCACGGUGUCUAAUUAAUCAGAGAGUUUGUGGUUGCUGGUUGGUUGGUUGAUGGUGGGGAUGGCUGCCGGCACACGCUGUUAUCGUUGAGGAAUUCUCGAUCGGUUUCUACAUGCGAUGGCUUCGAAGGCUGUUGCUGAUGUUGUCGCCGUGAAGACAUGCGAUAAAACCAUGGCCGCAUUCUCUGGGGCAUCGCAGCCCGAAGAGAUUCCGAAAGCAAGUAGAAUUGAGCCUGCUUCAUCUAGAGGAAAUAUGAUGGACGAUGUAGCUACAUCCAGUGGGGUGAAAGAACAAGAUAAGGAUAGCUAUUCUGUUGAUGACUCUGUGAAGCUGGAUGGGAAUGAAGAUGCCGAGAAGAACUCAAUGCGCGGUAGCGUUAAGGAUAGCUCGGCUUCGGUCAAAUUGAGCAAUAGAGCGAGUAGCCUGACAAAGGUGAGCGGCAGCACAAAGGUCAGCGACCAUGCUGCUGAUAUGGUCGGGAGUGGGAAGAGCAGUGUUUAUCGGGCCAGCGCUGGCAGUGACGUGAGUGAUGAAAGCACCUGCAGCAGUAUAUGCAGCAGCGCCAGCAAACCUCACAAGUCAAAUGAUUCACGGUGGGAAGCGAUACAGAUGGUCCGGACCAAAGAAGGUUCGCUGGGUUUGGGCCAUUUCAGGCUACUUAAGAGGCUUGGCUGUGGUGACAUUGGCAGUGUUUAUUUAUCAGAGCUUAGUGGAACCAAGUGCUACUUUGCCAUGAAGAUUAUGGACAAGGUGUCUCUAGCGAGCCGCAAAAAGCUGCUUAGAGCCCAGACUGAAAGGGAGAUAUUGCAGUGCCUGGACCAUCCUUUUCUGCCAACAUUGUACACUCAUUUUGAGACCGAUAAGUUCUCAUGCCUAGUAAUGGAGUUUUGCCCUGGAGGAGACCUGCACACUCUAAGGCAAAAGCAACCUGGAAAGUUUUUCGCAGAACAAGCUGCCAAGUUUUAUGUAGCUGAGGUGCUUCUUGCCCUAGAAUACCUGCAUAUGCUUGGCAUCAUAUAUCGGGACCUUAAGCCAGAAAAUGUUCUCGUGAGAGAAGAUGGCCACAUCAUGCUGUCUGAUUUUGAUUUGUCCCUAAGAUGUGCUGUGAGCCCUACCCUUCUCAAAUCUUCUAACCCUGGGGUAGAUCCUAACCAAAGGGGUAAUCCGUCUUAUUGUGUACAGCCAGUGUGCAUUGAGCCAGCUUGUAUCCAACCCUCUUGUGUUACAACGACCACUUGCUUCACUCCACGUUUUUUCUCCUCCAAGUCCAAAAAAGAAAAGAAGGCAAAAACAGACAUUGCAAGUCAGGUCAGACCACUUCCUGAGCUUGUUGCAGAGCCCACAGAUGCAAGAUCAAUGUCAUUUGUUGGAACCCACGAAUACUUGGCACCUGAGAUUAUAAAAGGUGAGGGGCAUGGGAGUGCGGUGGACUGGUGGACUUUUGGCAUAUUCUUGUAUGAACUUCUUUUUGGCAAAACACCAUUCAAAGGUUCAGGAAAUAGAGCUACAUUGUUCAAUGUCGUCGGACAGUCCCUAAGGUUCCCAGAAUCACCUUUUGUGAGUUUUGCUGCAAAGGAUCUUAUUAGGGGUUUGCUUAUUAAGGAACCACAACAUCGUUUGGCUUAUAAGCGCGGAGCGACAGAAAUAAAGCAGCAUCCAUUUUUUGAAGGUGUUAACUGGGCCUUGAUCAGGUGUGCAACUCCUCCAGAUAUUCCCAAGCCGGUUGAGAUCCCUAGGUCAGUAGCCUCAACAAGUCAAAAGGCUCCAACAGCUGCUGACAAAGGGUCGGACAAUUACCUUGAAUUCGAUUUCUUUUAGUGGAGUAUUCUAAGAUCAUUUAUCUGCAAAUUGUAAAGUUAUUCAUUGUUCCUAGACCUUUUCUGGAUUCUAAUAACUUUGAUAUUCAGAUGGCCAAUGUUCCUUCUUAUUAAUGUUCUU